GGACUCACUUCGCAGACUCUCCCCACCACCUCAGCCCCAGCUCCGCACUUGCCUCUCGCAGUUCGCACACCACACGAAAAAUCUUUCUGCGAGCAAUACAUUCUUGCCUCCAGUUUUCCAAUACCAUUCCGAUAGAUUCUUGGCUUGCAAAUUAACUCGAGAGGAAGUUCCUGUGAAGAGGAAGAACAAGGGAGAGAGAGAUGGAGAGCGUGGACGGCAACGGAGGCAGCCGGCUCGUGGUCAUGGAGCUGAGCCACAUCAAGGAUCUGGUGAGGCAGCUGGAGGUGCAGCUGGUCGGGUCGCCUGACCUCUGCAAGCACCUGGCCUCGCAGAUCUCCUCCCUCACCGAGCGGUCCAUCGGCAUGAUCACAUCCUCCCACCUCUACGGCGGCCGGAAGCGGUCCGAGGCCGACGCCAGCCUUGUGUCGCCGCUCUCGGCGACGCCGACUCCGAGCCCCGUCAGCGACGUCACCGACGGGCCUUUCAAGAACACCAAGAAGAGGAAGAUAAUGGAGAAACGGAAGCAUCAGGUGAGGGUGAGCUCGGCGGGAGGCGGCGAGAGCCCCGUCGAGGACGGCCACAGCUGGAGGAAGUACGGGCAGAAGGAGAUCCUUGGAGCCAAGCAUCCAAGGGGCUACUACCGGUGCACGCACCGCCACUCUCAGGGAUGCGCGGCGACGAAGCAGGUGCAGCGCAGCGACGAGGACCCGACGCUCUUCGACGUGAUCUACCACGCCGAGCACACCUGCGUUCAGAGGGCGGCGGCGGCAGGUCAGGCUGCCGCGGCCACGCAGCCGCCGGAGCGCAACACGGACGAACAAAGUCUCCUGCAGAGCCCGAGCGCGAGCCUGACGGUGAAGACCGAAGGGUUGGCCGUGCCGACGGAUCGCCAGGGAUGGAGCUCCACAGCCACGCCGUUCUGCUUCCCCACGAUGCCGGCGAGCGGUUGCCUGGCGCCGGAGCUCAGACCGUUCUCCAGGCUAGAGACGCCGGAGAACUGGGGCGUGUCCCCGACGACAUUGGACUCGAAACACGCGGCCUGCUUCGAGCCGUUCGAGGCGGUCGUCGGAGACGCCGAGUGGCUGGCGCAGCCCGAGCUGCAAGAACUGGUGUCCGCGCUCGUCGAAGCUGCGACGAGGGCCCCGGAGCCCCCCGUGGACAUGGACUUCGCCGACGAGUGCCUCAACCUCGAUCCAAGCAUCGAAAACCUCGAUCAAAGCAUUUUAAGCUAAUUUGCCAAUCCUUACGCAGCUGAUGAACAAUAAGGAAUUAAAUCAUCUGAUUAUGUGACCGCCCCUCUGGCUCUGGCGUUUGUCCAGAAGCAGAGGAGGGAAGAGCACGAGUUCUUCCUGGGUGUCUGCAAGUGUAAACCUUAUGACUGUGUUGAGCAUAGUGAACGCCAUCCUUUUUUUUUCUUCUUCUGAGAGUGUUGUGCUGCAUUGUAUUAUUGAUUUACUAUGUCAAGAAAAAUAAGCUCCAGUGCUGUUUUGAGCCA